GAGAUUGCCAAGAGACUAAACACCAUCUGUGCACAAGUCAUUCCCUUCCUCUCACAGGAGCAUCAGCAGCAGGUGGUCCAAGCUGUGGAGCGUGCCAAACAGGUGACCAUGGCAGAGCUCAAUGCAGUCAUCGGGCAGCAUCUAUCCCAUAACCACGGUGGUGCCCCUGUGCCCCUCACUCCUCACCCCGCCGGUCUCCACCCCUCUCAGCUGGGUGGUUCCGCUGGCCUCCUGGCUCUAUCAGGAGCACUUGGUGCUGUCCCUCCCCAUCUGGCAGGAAAAGACGGUGGUGAUAAAAAGCCCCACCUGUCAGGUCCAGACUCACACCCUGGAGGACAUGAGCACCUGAGAGAGCGAGAGCCUGGCACCAGUAACUCAUUGCUGCCAGAAAGCCUUAGGAACUCAGAUAAGCGACGCAACGGACCAGAGUUUCCAAACGACACCAAGAAACGCAAGGUGGAUGACAAGGACUCGAGCCACUAUGAUAGUGAUGGGGAGAAAAGUGAUGAUAAUUUAGUGGUGGAUGUCUCAAAUGAGGAUCCAGCCUCCCCUCGUGGCACGCCUCUCCCCUCACCUAGAGAGAAUGGCCUGGAUAAAGCACGUCUUCUCAAGAAAGACCCCUGUAGUCCAGCCUCUACUGCAUCAUCAGCGAGCUCCUCCUCUCUCAAGUCCAAAGAGAUGGCAAUGCGAGAUAAGGCAGGUACACCUGGGCUUAAGUCAAGCACACCCACACCUAGAGGUGACUCCACCCCUGGUCCGAGUUCCACACCUGGAAUCCGGCCCAGUCUAUCCAAACCCCCCUCCAUGGAGAUACCACAUCCACCUACUGCAGGUUUGCGGACACCCCUUGCUGUACCAGGCCCAUACCCGGGUGCAUUUGGUAUGUUGCCCCAUGCAGCAGGAAUGAACGGGGAGCUGGCAGGUGCAGCCGGGGCUGCGGCCUAUGCUGCUGGACUGCACAACAUGUCACCUCAGAUGAGUGCUGCUGCCGCGGCCGCUGUGGCUGCAUAUGGCCGUUCACCCAUGGUUGGUUUUGAUCCUCAUCCUCAUAUGAGGGUUCCUGGAAUGCCUCCCAGUCUGACAGGAAUCCCUGGUGGCAAACCUGCCUACUCUUUUCAUGUGGCGGCCGACGGACAGAUGCAGCCAGUGCCGUUCCCCCCGGAUGCUUUGGUGGGCCCAGGGAUUCCUCGCCAUGCCCGUCAGAUCAACACACUGAACCACGGAGAGGUGGUGUGUGCUGUUACCAUCAGUAACCCCACCCGACACGUUUACACAGGGGGGAAAGGUUGCGUCAAGGUCUGGGACAUUAGUCACCCAGGAAACAAGAGCCCCGUGUCACAGCUCGACUGCCUGAACCGAGAUAACUACAUCCGCUCCUGUCGCCUCCUCCCCGAUGGUCGAACACUGAUAGUGGGAGGUGAGGCGAGUACGUUGUCAAUCUGGGAUUUGGCCACGCCAACUCCCAGGAUCAAGGCAGAGUUAACAUCAUCAGCGCCAGCAUGCUACGCUCUGGCCAUCAGCCCGGACUCCAAGGUCUGCUUCUCUUGCUGCAGCGAUGGUAACAUCGCAGUCUGGGAUUUACACAACCAGACACUCGUUCGGCAGUUUCAGGGCCACACAGAUGGAGCCAGCUGUAUUGACAUCUCAAAUGAUGGCACCAAGCUGUGGACCGGAGGACUCGAUAACACUGUCCGCUCGUGGGAUCUGAGAGAGGGACGGCAGCUGCAGCAGCAUGACUUCACAUCACAGAUCUUUUCUCUUGGCUACUGUCCGACAGGAGAGUGGCUCGCUGUGGGAAUGGAGAGCAGCAACGUUGAGGUCCUUCAUGUCACCAAGCCUGACAAAUACCAACUUCAUCUACAUGAGAGCUGUGUACUCUCCCUGCAGUUUGCCUACUGUGGUAAAUGGUUUGUGAGCACAGGAAAGGAUAACUUACUGAAUGCAUGGAGAACACCCUAUGGAGCCAGCAUAUUCCAGUCUAAAGAAUCAUCCUCAGUGCUAAGCUGUGACAUAUCUGUGGAUGACAAGUACAUCGUCACUGGUUCAGGGGACAAGAAGGCCACUGUUUACGAGGUCAUCUACUAAAAAUAUGGGAAGAAAGCAUGGAUAUCUGUUUUUUCCUCAAACAUGAACUGAUAUGUUUCUAGAAAUUUUCACAUGGAGCCAGAAAUCACAGACAAGACUGACCUUGACAGCACAUUCUUUUUUUCUGUUACAUCUGCUGAGUAGACACAGAAAGGAGAGAAGGAUUUUACAUGCACAUGUGUUGUGCCUGUAUACACGACUCCAUAUCAGCUGAGAGCCAUUAACUGGAGAAGCUGACUGAUGCUAACGGAAGGCGAGAAACUACUUGGAUGUUCUUGUCUUGUCUUACUGCUUUCUGCUAUGGACUGCACUGGGGUCAGUUACGUGGACCAGACAAUGACUGAACUGAAGGGGGGUCUGCAUUGUUUUGACUGGGAACAGCUCUUCUGGAAAACACUGUACUGAACAUCAGAUAUUUUAACACUUGAUUCGGUGUGACGACAAGGGGCAGAGACCGUAGAAUGAACACUCAGACCAGAGGGUUGAAUAUGUAAACAAAUGGCAGACAGGUGGAGCAGAAGGUGGACAGUAAGGGACAUAAUUUUGGAGAGACAAAGGAGGGGAAACAACAGCAGAUGAACAGAUGGAUGGACAUUUUAUAGACAGUGGAUGCAGAACACGUUGGUUUGCAUUUUAUUCUAGACAGAUAAUGCUCACAGCCUGUUUAUCUCUUGGCUCUGACUCUCUGACCUUAAAAUGUGAGUUGUUCUGAUACAUCUACACUGUCUGAAAAGUACCUUUCCUGUCUUAACAGUGGGUCCAAUCCUCACUAACUGCACUGUAGUGGUAGCUGUCCCCCUACACACUUAGUACACACACAGUACUUAGAAAAUACGCAACAGUACUUUUUAAACAUACUGAAGGCCUCAUUGACUUUUCUAGUAUCAUGCUACUAAUAACAUCUGUGAUGGGUUAGUUUGAUCCUCAAGAGGCAUACAGUACUUUUUCCUAAUUCAUACCCAUUUCAGGUGCCACCAAAAAGAAUUUCAAGUCCUCUGUUAUAUGGAAAAAAAUUAUCUUACCAAACCAAAUAAGCUUCAAAAACAGGAGAAUAUACUGUAAAUGUUAUUACAGAAUGAUUCACUCUGGUUGUUCUGAAAAAGGUAGCUUGUUUUCUCCUUUUUUUUGUCCUCUAUUCCUUGUGGACCUAGUUGAAAGGCCAAUUAGUGGAAAGAUGAAGGGAAAACAUUUUCAGAGAUUGAAUUAACCCUCAAAUAACGUUGGUUCUCCUUUUCCAGUGUAUCUGUUCCAACAGAUUAUUCCCCCAUAGCUGAACUCCACAAAUUCGGAAGUCUCCGGCAUAUUGACAGAAAUGUUGAGAUAAAGCUAUAUUUGAAAACAAGGAGAGAGAAAAGAGAGACGGCAACAUAAGCCUUUAUAUUGUAAUUUGUUUAGUUAAUUUGUUUGACCUUUAACCCUGUUCUUUUGAGCAGCAGUGUGUCAAUAACUGCACGUGCUGAUGUGGUUUUACACAGCUGAAUUAACAUUUCAGAGACUCAGUCUUGAUUAUUGGUCAGCUGGAUAUAGUUUGAGAUUUACAGAUUGCUUUUUCAAUAUGGUCUCGUUGAAGUCUAGACAUGGCCCUGCUGUUAAUUUUCAUGCAGUUAAUUUGUUGUGGUCUAUUUUACAAUACAUUCACAGGUUGAGGUCAUAAUAAUUAACAUGAAUUGUCCAAAAUCUAUUUUUUUUUUUUUUCCCCUUAACUUGAAAUUUAAAACAACCCUUUGGUUACUGUCUUUAGUGUUGUAAAUUACACCCUGUCCCUGCCUUCAUCACUCUUUGAAAAACAUGAUGUCUUACUGUAUGGAUGGUUAAUCAAGCUUCAUAAACAGGGACCAUUUAAGAUUAUCUUCACAUGUGAUUUAAUCUUGUAUUUUUUGGAAAUCCUAUGUGAACAAGUGAAAAAUCCUCUGUACUACAUUUAUGCCAUAUAUUGUCACUUGUUUUAACAUUUUGUUGAAACUGGGAUGUUGGCUAAAUAGCCUUGAAAAGUAAAAUGUUGUUUUUUCACUUUACAAAGAAGAUUUUAGGAUUACAAACAGGAUUAAAUUAUUUGUCAUGAUAGUUUUAUAGAGGAAGGUAGUGCGGGUACAGUAGUAUUUCAGCUUCGGAAAGGAAUCCGUCAGUUUCAGCCAUUUUUAACUCAUUAAUUUCAUGACUUUGUGCUUAGUUUGUUUUGUUUUUUUUUUUUUAAUCUAUUUUUGUCUGUUGAAUGUUUGUAAAAAUGUAUAUAUGUUUUUUUUUUGUUUUGUUUUGUUUUUUUUCUUACAGGACAUGCUUUAGAAAUAACAAACUUUUUUUGUACGUCUUUUACAUGGAAAAGAAACUUCUAAUCAGGAGAAAUACUAAAUGGUCUUAAUGCUAGCUAAUCUAUAAUGAUGGAAAUGUCUAGACAAUAAAUGUGUUUUUUUUUUUUUUGUAACUGGAGUGGUCUUUGACUGUCUGGGUUAGUACAAGAACACAUUUGGACCUCACUGAUAAAAUCUUUUUGAUUCAUUAUAGAUAAUUGUCAUGGAAGCUCAAAGUUUUGAGAAUCAGCCUCGUAAACAAAAGCUAGUUUGGAUUACAGCCUUGCAAAUACAACUUGGAUGGUGAAAGAUAACUAGGGCCUAUCCUUCCUGAUGUUUCCCUCACGCGAAGUAUGUGUUAAUGAAAGUCUAAAUACAUCAGUAACAAGGAGAGGAUAAUGGUUGCCCUCUUCUGGCUUUGUGUGGAUGAGGUUUUUGAAAUAAACUGCCUGUU